AUGAAACUAACUUUCGUAUCACCAUUUCCGUUUAAAGCAAGGGUUGCACCACCUCAAGAACCACCGUGCCGGUGGCGUUGUGCCAUUUACAAUAAAACUAGUAAGCCAUUUACCAAAGGGGCUCGAGCUCCAACUCGACUAAGUAAGCGGUGGAUCGAAUAUCAUGGCUCCAGGAACUGGGAAGGCUUGUUGGACCCUCUAGACGAUGUCUUACGUGGCGAGAUCAUACGCUACGGCAGCUUCGUUGAGGCUGCGUACCAAUCAUUCGACUUUGACCCUUCUUCGCCUACUUAUGCCGCAUGUAGUUACGCGAAAAGUAUGAUGUUGGAACGUUGUUCUACCGUACACGGAUGUGGGUACCGGGUGACGAAAAACCUACAUGCCACGUCAUCUAUUCCCUUGCCACGGUGGAUAGAGAGGAUGCCGCGUUGGAUGCAAGUGCAAUCCAGCUGGAUAGGUUACGUGGCGGUUUGCAAUGACAAAGAGGAGAUUUCUAGGCUUGGAAGACGAGAUAUUGUCAUCGCUCUCCGUGGCACUGCCACUUGUCUAGAGUGGCUCGAGAAUCUACGAGCCACUCUCACUCAUUGUAGUGGAGACAAUAUUCCAACUGAGCAAAACGAUGAACCUAUGGUGGAAGCUGGCGUUCUGAGCCUGUAUACCUCGGGCACAAAUACGUGCCCGAGUUUACAACAAUUAUUACGACACGAAGUUUUAAAAAUAUUAAAAUUGUAUAAGGACGAACCACUUAGUCUAACCAUCACCGGUCAUUCUCUAGGAGCUUCUUUAGCCGUUAUAGCCGCCUACGACAUUAAAACCACCAUCAAUCACUCACCCCAUCUUUCUGUCAUCUCGUUUGGCGGACCAAGGGUCGGCAACCAAAGCUUUCGCCACCACCUAGAACAACAAGGAGUAAAAGUUCUACGUAUAGUCAACUCUGAUGACCUAAUCACAAAAGUUCCAGGUUUUUUUGUCGAAGACCAUGACGGUGUGAUACACGAGCAAAAUGCUCGUGUAGCACGUUUAACAAAAUGGAUACAAAAGCGCGUUAAAGAUAGCCGACAAGUUUACGCUAACAUAGGGCAUGAGCUACGCCUAAGUAGUCGAGACUCCUUACAAUUAAACAGUAUAAAUGUUGCAACAUGUCAUGAUCUCAAGACUUAUCUUGACCUAGUAAAUGGUUUUGUGAGCUCGACUUGUCCGUUUAAGGCUGGCGCGAGAAGGAUGCUCAAGAAAGCUACCAACAUUCCUACUACCAAAUAA